AUGUCUUCCCAAAAGACGGCCCUCGUAACGGGCACUAGCAAGGGUGGCAUCGGAGACUACCUCGCCCGAGAACUCCACAGCAGAGGAUUCCGAGUCUUUGCGACAGCUCGAAGCCCUGCAAAGGUUGAGCAUCUCAAGGAAAUGGGCCUGGAUAUUGUGUUACUCGAGGUGACGGACUCGGACUCGAUCAAGAAGGCCGUCGAGAAAGUGACUGAGGCCACGGGAGGAAAACUGGAUAUCCUCAUUAACAAUUCGGGUGUUGGUUAUAUGGCGUCCUUACUAGACGCAGACAUGACCCCAGCAAAAGCCAUGUUCGAUGUCAACAUAUGGGCCGUCUUGGAACUGACCCAGGCAUUCAGCCCUAUGCUGAUUGCUUCCAAAGGAACUAUUGUCAACAUUGGCUCGGUGGCUGGAAGACUCCCAAUCCCGUUCGAAGGUAUCUACAACAUCAGCAAGGCGGCACUGGAGCAUCUUUCACGGCAGAUGCGUGUUGAGUUUGCCCCCUUUGAUGUGAAAGUGGUGCAUGUGGUUACUGGAGGAAUCAAGACUGGUUUCUUUGCACAUGCAGAGGAAUCAGAGCUCCCUGAAACCUCACCCUACUAUCCUGGCCGAGAAGCUCUCGGUCCAUGGAUGAAGGGCGAGGCCAAUACGACCUUACAGCCGACACCUCCCGAGGAGUAUGCGCGAAGUGUGAUUAAUAACGUGCUUAAGACAUCCCCGACCACAUCGCAAUGGGUCGGCUAUGGCACAUUCGCCACCUGGUUGGCAUCCAAGGUUCUAUGGAACACUGCAACGGAUCUUGUCUUGUGGGCAAUGGGAGUUCCCAAUCUUAAGAAGGCCAUUUUUGGCAGCAAGAGUCAGAAGAAGAUUGACUAG